UUAAUAAAAUAAGAAUGCAUGUGGCAUCUUAAAACUGAAACUCUGUACUAUUAAGUUAUUCAACGUGAUUUUAAAUUAUUCUAUAUGAUACAUGGAAGUUGAACAAGAGAUCUUUUCCAGAGUAUUCACAAAAAAUAGAAAUAACAGGAAAAAAUACAUACAUCUUUUUCGUGUGCACAUGUGUUUGUUCAGGAGAUGAAUUAGAUAGCAAUAUUGGCAUGGCGUAUGGUAAAAUUUAUCCUUUUCAUUGCUAUAGAACAAUUGUCUGGAAUCAUCGCUAAUUCUUCUUACGACUGUCAAAAAUAUGCGGUGGAUCUUUGCUUGCUGUCUUCUUUUCCUGUCAGCUGAUUCAUCAAAAAACACAAAAUCUUGUCCAGAGUCGACAAACACUAUUAAGUAUGUACCCUCCUGUCCAACGACAGAGGAAGAUUGGAAUUUACGAGCAAAGGCGAAGAAUUGUUCGUCUGUAAAACAGAAAUGUACAUCGGCUAAAGAUUUUGUUUAUCACUGUGUCAUAAACAGCUAUGCCAAUUCAACCAUUGAAGUUUGUGCUCCGUCAGUCUCCAUCAUUGGACAUAGCUGUGUGGAGUUUAAUAUGCGAGGAAGUUUGAUUCAGGAGAGUCCAUACAACAUGUAUAAUUGUAAAUAUCCACAAAGUUGUCCAUUUCGCUACAAUUCUACGGAUGUCUACAAAUAUCAAUCAUGUUUUGCGAUAUCAAAACUUCAAGAUAAAGAAAACUGUUCCCAUUGCAUUGAUGUGCUAGGUAUCCAGAGGAAUCAAGUCGAAGACACUUCUAGUUGUAACGAAAUGAUAUGGCAGAUAGUCGCUUUGAUUGCCACAAUCAUAAUUGUUACUAUUCUGGCAAUUUGGUUUUACAUUUAUCGAAAUGUCAGGAGUAGAGGAAAAGAAGAGGGUUUCAUUGUAAACUGGAAGCCUGAGAACGAAUACAUGGAACUAAAUGAAGGGCAAACAUGUAAAGAGAUUGAUUCCCAAUCAAAGCAUUGUGAAACCGAAUUUGUGUCCUCAGAGUCUUCAUUGACGAAAGAUAUACAGAAUGGUGUCGAUGACAGAUAUAUUGUUUCCAUAGAAAUUAGCAAUUCGUACUUUGGUUGGGCUACUCAAGAUCUUAAAGAUAGGAGACAUAUAAAUGUAAAAGAUGAAGGCAGGAAGGAUAAUCCAACAAGAAAACAACCAACAUCUAUUCUUCUUGAGAAAGACGAAGAUCUGUUUGGCUACGAAGCUCUGCAGUCCUAUAUCAAGAAAACAAGAGAAUGUACUUUUUAUCAUAAAAUGGAAAAAAUUGCUCUGGCAAAUACCGGUAGUGAAAUGUGUCCUAAACGUAUCUAUAGAAAAAUACUAAACUACAUUGCUGAUCAAGUUUUUGAUGAAGCAAAUCAUGAGUCAAAAGAGUGUGCACGAAAACCAAAAGAUAUUGAAUUUAUCAUUACUAUCCCAAGUUAUUGGAAAGAUGAGGAUUUGGGAAGAAUACUUGAAGAUUCCGUUAAAAAAUCAAAGAUAAAUAAAGAGAGUGCUCGAUGGAAACUGGUGACCAAAGCUGAGGUGGUGUCUCCUUUCUUACAUGAAGUCAAGGCGGAUGUUUUAUGUCAGAACUUUAAUGUCGACCAUUUAUCAUUUGAGGAGGGAACAAAAUAUGCUAUUCUAGAUAUAGGCUCUACUGCCUGUGAACUGACAAUUCUUGUUUCAAGUAAAAAAGGGCCAGACUGUGUAUGUGGUAAACCAUAUCGAAAAAAAUGGGGGGAAGGGGUCGAUCAAUCAUUUUCCAAUAUGAUUAAUAUCAUAAUUGGAGAUGAUGAGAUGAACACAUUUCAGAUGGACAACAGUGGAGAGUUUCAAAAAUUAUUUUUCUCCUUUGAAAGUUUAAAGACCAAAAAAUCCUCAUUCAAAUCGAGUAAUUUGGACGGUGUAGAAUUGCUCUUGCCCACUGCUUUGCACAGCUUGAUACGGGAAAAGAAAAUCGAUGUAAAGACAUCAAUAGAAAAAAAUGUCAAUAAAACGAAAAUUUCUGCCGAUUUGAUUUCAUGGAUAGAUAGCGGCGAUAAAAGUUGCUUUCGUUUGAAAGUUAAAGCGAUGGAAGCAUUAUUUAAACAAAUGUUGGAUGACAUAGAUAAAACAAUCGAAGACCAUUUUUCACAGGACAAAAACUGUGAAAUGAAAUGUGUGUGCGUAAUUGGUGGAUAUGCAAAUUGUAAAUUGGUGCAAAAAAAGGUGCGAGAAAAAUUUAAACUGCGAACAGUUGUAAUACCAAAGAAUGCAGAUCUUGUUGUUGCCAAAGGUGCAGUGUAUUAUGGAUAUAAGUAUUGUGGCAAAUAGACGUAUAUUUCUGAUAAAUAUCUAUCAUUCUCCUAUGAUAUUGUUAUUUAGACAUUAUGUAUAAUGCAUAAACUAUAGGUCGUUUAACACUUGAAUUCCGAUUCUAACCAAAGAUGUCUCAAUAACCAUCAUCAUUAUAUUAAAACAUAUUCUAUUUUUACCUUUGUAGAUUAUUCUUUUUGUGUACUCAUGAUUUACAUGUAAUAAAAAAGAAAGUU